AUGGGAAACCAUCAGAGCUCCGGAAACUCGCGGGAAUCGUCGAGAUUUGUGCAUUGUUCGCAAUGUAGAUGGGCGCGAGGUGGGUGAGUUCUCCGAUUCAUUCAAUCGAACAGUGUUUUGUGAAAAAAAGGAAACCGAAAAGCCGGCCGGUUUUUUUUUGCUGUCGGCUGGAGGGAUGACCGUUUGAGGCUUACCAAUGCACUUGUAUACUAGUUUUAUGCGAUUUUUAUGUCAGUUUCCACUCAAAUGGUUGUGUUCUGCUUGACUUUGAGAGCUGAGAAUUUUAUUCAACUUCCUAUUUUGCAGAAGUUUGAAAAUCGCCCAUGUACUUCUUAUUCAAAAAGGGUGUGAAAUCGUCAGAGUAUAGCUUUACUUCAAAGUUUUGCAAGUUCUAAUAAAAAAAAAGCCGGUCGCUGAUUGAUUUUUAGACCUUUAGAAAAAUGUUUGCAGCUGCUUUUAAUUUGACGGACUGAAAUAGUUUGAAGUCUGAGUUUCAUUCGCAACUCUUGCUUAAGAUUCACCGGAAAAUCCACGUAUUCUCACUUUCUUCAGAAAACUUCGCUGUCCCAUAAAUUUUCUUUGACUCCCGUUGAAACCUACAAUAAAAACAACAACCGCGUCGUGGCGGCAGAAUCCCGACCGAAAAAGGGGAGGAAUAUGGCGCCCAAUUAUGAGGAACCCCAACCGAUUGGCCGUAAUUAUACCGCCCGCCGCCGCUUCCUUUUCCCAUCGACCUUGCUCUCGCUCUCCGAUUGGAUUGGCGCACCUCGUUCUUAUACGUUCACAUUUUAAACUUUUAUGAUGUCCGCGUUCACGUCUUCUCGUUGAUCAUAUUUCCGGGUUUCCCUUUACUUUUCUGUGCGUUCCGAUCAGUUUUAUCCAGGUUAAGUGAUCAUUCCCUCUUGGGAAAUGUUAUAUCGAAUUUGGGAAAGAAAACGGUAGUUUUAUUCUUAGCAUUACCUAGAAGAAGCUGCUAUGUUCUCCAGAAAAGAUUUCAAUAUUCUACUAGAAUUCUGGAGGUUUGUUCAUGGUUUUCACCUUCAAAAGCUUUGUUCACAUCCAAAGAAAAUCCAGAAGAUUUCUAGAUGUUCUCUCAAGGUUAUGAAAACUUUCUAACUACUUGAAGUUUCCUGUACAUGGUUCUAGUGUCGUCUUCUUCUUCUUAUACUGUAGUCGCCCCACAUUUUGUCUUCUGAAGUGGUCUUCAUCUUUCUACUCUUCAUAUUCUGCCCCGUCAACGGUUACACACCUUUUUUGUCAUUUUUUGACGCCGUGUGUGACGAUUUGAAAGAAAAACGUUGUGGUGUGUUACAAAUAAUUUCCGACGCCUUUUUUCGGUUCUCUCUUCCUUUGUUUACGAUUCGGCGCCUCUUCUUCAUCUACGACGACUGCUUUCAUCAAGAAAAUUGAGCCAUUCCCAAUUUUAUGGUUUCUUUUUUGUGCUGGGCACAUUCGAGAAUGAAGAAGAAAUUUGGGAUUAAAAUGUAGUUGACGUUCUCUUUUGAAAGCUCGAGGUUUUUUCAAAUUGGCCGCUAAAAAUCUAAACUUCUCGUACCUGGUAGUCGUUUCGAGGCGAACUUUUCGAAGCACAUAUCUUAUGAUAUACCUAACGAAUACGGAAUUUUCACUAUUCUUCUUAGGCAUUCCAAAUCUACAAUAAUAGAAAGCUUCUACCAAUUCUUCUCUAUCUCCAUUGGCCCAUCAUCAAACUGUCUCCUUUCCUACUUCGACCACUGGUUUUCGCUGCCCUUCUUUGGUUCCUCUCAUUAGCCGUGUCGUAACCCGUUCCUCCUCUCGCGUUCACACUUUUUCUUCUGUACCCUACCCCCGCUUACCGAUGGCACGGACGGAACAAACGGUCAUUGGUCGUAAACCUCUUCUCGCCUUUCCUUCUCCCUCGCUUCCUCACACUCUCCGACCCAUCCGCCAUCGAAAUCCUUUGCUCAAACAUGCCGAACGGAAACGGAUUGUCAGGUUCACUCGACGAUGACUAUUACAUUUCUUCUCUUCUCUCGUCUCUCGUUUCCCAGACGGUGGCCUCUUCCGCAGCCAGAAAAAACGGCUGCGCAGUGCAGGUGCACAAGUGUAAUCCUUUCGUUCCGGCCGUGUUCUGCUCUUUCUCGACGUGUACGUCUGAGAACGUUUUCACGCCAGCGUUCAGUAGGACCAAAUUUUGCUUUGCAGGCUGAUUAAUAGCCAGAGAAGUGCCCAACUUUUGUAGUUUGUAGUCUAGAAGACCUGUUUUGCGUGAGAGCAGCAGCCAAAUACAGCAUCUGCAUACCGAAAUAGUCAUUGUACCACGCUCAAUUUUCGUUAAUUUAUGUUUUUGCGUUAUAGCAAACACGAAAACUGCUCUUUCUAGCCUUUCCUCGCUCAUUUACGACCUCUGUUUCCCAUCCUUUCGACCUGAUCUGACCGUGUCCAUCACCAAACACUCUGCGCCCAUCCCUAUCUAUCUGACUGUCUCAAUAUCUGUUUCUUCUCGUUUGCGUGUACUUGUUCUCGUGCCUCCGUCUCUAUCAAUUGUACACUAUUUUCCUUAUCACUGUCCUCAUCAUCAUCAUUAUUACGACCGUCAUGAAAUCAAAUCAGCAGAGAGAGACAAAAUCGAGACAGCAGCGGCGGCGACGAACCAUGCCCCGAAUUUUUUUCCGAUUUUUUCUUCUCUUUUCGCCUUCAUCUCACUUUUUGUCUCAUUGUAUUUGUUUCAAAUAAUUCCGAAUUGAUCACUUUGUCUGUAAUAGUUCCCCUAAAAUGUGCUGAUGCAUCAAACGUCUCUCGUCGCUCUCUUUAUGAGUCAGUUCUGCACUGAUACAAUCGUUUUGUUAUCAAUGUUUCGCCUUAGUAGCAUUGUCACACAUUCCAGAGUAAUCUUUCAAAAGAGAGCAGCUGAGAAAACAGGAAAUUCUUAUAAUUUUAAUUGUUUCCUUCGAAAUUGCCUCAAAUUAAUAACAUAGAAAAGUCUUUUACGUUUCCUUUGACUAAAAUAAUAACUUCUUUCGAAAACAAAAACUAGUCCUAAGAACAGUUAGCUUCACAACAUCCUCCACUCAAAAAUGUUAUCCUUCCUGAUAUCGAUAUCCCUUUCUUCUCUUCAAUUUUCGAUCUUUUCUGAUCUCGACGGGAUCCGUUAUGACAAGUUGUGUGCCGCCUGUUUUCUUCCUCGACGAUGCCAUAUAAGCAUAGGCAGAGGACGGCAAAAUGGAUUGAUAACCGAUCAGAAGGAAAGAGCGUUUAAGAUGAAGAGACAGAGAGGAAAGCGAAGGGAACAGGAAUGUUUCUCCCUUUUUCCCUUAACUUCCCUUUUUCCAAAGACGACACGAUUUCUUGUAUCCCUCUAUCUCUAGCUACCGUUUUUCUAUUGAAUGCUGUUAUUCUGAAACUGAUAUAUAAUUCAGCUUCCCGAUUUUUUGCAUGAAUAUUGAAGGACGAAACAACUAAGCCAAUAUUUGUUCUGGCGGCUAGGUUGUUGCCAGAGAGACAACCUGUGAUAACUUGUUAAAACGGGGUCGCCCGAUUCGAGUCGAGUAUUCUAAUCUAAUUACAAAUACUGUGUUUCCUCAAUCACUUCUUCAUUUUCCCUUUUUCUCAUCUCCUUCAUUUUGAAGGUCUAUGUCCCAACUGAAACUGCCUUUUCUAGCUGUCUGAAACGUGUUCGUAACUGUUUUUCGUCAAUUGACGAAGCUGUCCGCCUUUUGAAUUUUCAAGAAAUUUUUCAUCUUCAUUCCAAUGAAUGCUUGGCAAAUUGCCACACAACGCCAACCGUAAAAUUGAAAUAACUACAGCAAAGCUAACUAAGCACGUUAAUUUCUAGUUAGUUCUCCUGAGAAUUGACGAAAAAUGAGGAAGAAAGCCGGUCAUUUCGUUGCCUUAUUCCCAUAAUUAUACUCUCUUCGUUCGUUUUUGUUCUUUUCCACCGCCCAGCUUCUCCCCGUCUUCUCGUGGUCUUCUCCGUUUCGUUCCGCCACACCUUUUUGGUCAGAGUGUCCUCCCUUCGCCUUUUUCUAUUUUUCUUCUCACCCACACAAAUAACAACAAAUCGUACUCUUCGUCCCACCCUUUUGUUGAUAUUAUACUUCAACGUUUCCUCUUUUAUUUUCUGGGAGUUUCCUAGAAUCGUCGAUGGAAUUCCCGAUUCUUAAUUCACCGAUUCAAUUGACCCUUGGACGGGAAGCCAAUCGGGAAAAGGAAAAAGGAGACAAUAUGAGUAUAGAGCAAGGUCGUUGCACUGUCGGAAACUGUUUUACAUAAGGGUAAUAGUGGACGAAGGAAUUUUGGAUUUUCGAAGAGACUUUGGUGAAAACUGAAGUUGCUUGAUCCCAAACAUUGUCCAAAGAAAGAAGUGACCAUUCAUUUUUGAAUUAAUACAGUAACCUCAAUCUCCACAGCAUUCUCCCCUUUUCUCAGAAAAAUCGUUGCGUGCGGAAACUUGAACUUGAACCCUCUUCCCCACUGCAAACAUCGGAAAUACUCUAAUCGUUUGAAACAACCCUCUUCAUCCUAUACUCUUUUUUCUUGUUCCACAGAAAGCUGAACAGAAUCCGAAGCGAAAAGAAAAGAAAAUUCGUAAAUUCGUGGGAAAAAAUGAGGCUAAGUGGUUUGGAAAUGCCCGGGGAAUCCUGGAUUUGUUUGGAGUGUUUGUCUUUCUUGACAUUUUGUUCGUCUUCAGUCGCUUUUCUUUUUCAGUUGUUUUGAAAGAAAAUCCUUUUUUGGAAGCACUUUUACUCGAAUCUUUGUCGUAACGUAAUCGAGAAGAUCUACUCGAAGGCCCCGGUUUUUAUUUCAUUCUCGAAUUAUUUCCGAAACCGUACAAAAAGCGCCCUUCUUUGCCGCCUUCUCAUUUUUUGAUAAAAUCUCUCGAGAUGCGAUACGAUUAUUAUGUUCCAAUCGACGUCUUUCCGCCCAUCACUCGCCGACAAUUCGCAUUUUAAUUUCUUAAUUUCUCCUUCUCCGUUUCGAUCUACAAGUUAUUGUUUCUCUCUCUCUCUUUCACUCAUUUCUUUAUUUCUUCUCGGUCCCUCUCUCUCUCUCUCUCUCUCUCUCUCUCUCUUUUCCACCACUAUCCGAUUGUUUCCUUUCAUUGACGAAAAGCGUUUACCUGAUUCCCUCCUCCGCUUUCCAAUUGAGACUAAAGAGACAAUUAUCGCCUUCUCCUUGUUCUAGCGAGAAUUCUUUUCCGAAUCUGCCCUCUUGGUUCCAGUGCGUCCCCUCUUCUGUUUCUCGUUACAAGAUUUGCAUUCAGGAGAAGAUGACGGUGAAAAAGUCAAGAAUCUUGACUUUUUCAUUCAAGAAUCAGAAAUUGACGAUUAUCAUGUUGUUGUACGUCUUCAAAAUCUGUUAAUGUGGUCUGAAUUCUUUUCUACAGACCCAAUUUCCAUGAGAGCAGCUCCCAUUUUUUGUAGUUCGUAGGUUUUCAGACCCAAGUUUUGUGAGUGCAGCACCCAAAUCUGCCUACCAGUCCCAAGCGAACCUCGCAGGACGAAUCUUUGCUGUGAACAAUAAUUUCUAAAAAUUUCUCAAUUUUAAUUCGAAAACUUCUCAAACAUCACUUACACUCUUCCUAAUUUCGUUCUUCUUCCAGAUACAAAAUGGACUGGAUCUACUCGUGGAAGGACUCAAUUUUCUACGGCAUCUGCAGUUGCAGCGGCACGAACGCUUAUCACGAAAAAGACGCCCAUCACCACGAUCGGUAAAUCAACACAAAAACAUCCGAUUUUUACACAAUUUGUGUUGUUCCAGAAUCGACAUGCCACUACAACUCAAAGCCUACAGGUGUGUCCAUUUUUCAUGUUCUAUCUUUGAGUCUCUUCGAUCAGCUUGAAAGCUGACCGCCGUGUUUUUGAGCACAAGAGAAUCUCGUGUUUCGUUGUAAUAGAUAUAGACUGGGGGUAGCUGUCAAUCUCAGAAUGAGUCAAACAUGAGGAAGACAACUAAUUGUGACAAGUGGUCACUGAAUUUGCGAAAUUUGCGAGGAGUCUAAGCCCCGGAAGUGACUAGAUUUAACAAAAAUACCAGAAACAAAAGCAUUCUUCCAAGUUGCAUGGGUCAGAAGUAGUAUUCGGAUUACGAUAAUCUUUCGAUCUACUCGUCAUUCUCUGUUGUUUUCCAAAGAGCACAAUAAUCUCUGAGCAGAGCCUGGCACGAGCUUCACAUCACCUGCUUCAACGGCUUGCUUUCCUUUUAAUCCGCUGCUCAUUUCGUUAAUAUGUGUGUUUGGAGCUUUCUACUGCUCAACGCACAGCUCAUCUGUCCGAUUUCUCCCGUGCUUAAGCGCCAAAACGGAAAUCAGAUAGAAUCUGUUUCUAUGCAAAUCUGAUCGCGGCGAGCCAUAUUCUCGUUUUCCCCACACUCUCAUAAGCCGGAAAUUUGAUCUCAAUCUGUCGAAAAACGUUUUUUUUUCACGCGCGGGUCAAACACAACAUAUAACUUUCGUUUCGCUUUUUCUUUAAUGUUUUCCUUUCCAUUAUCGGUUUCGCUUCGUCCCGAAAAUGGGAGAAAAUGCGUGUUGGUACGAGUGUACUACUAGGAAUUGUUGUUUUAAGCUCCGCCCACCCGACCUUCGUUCGACACUACGACCCACUAGAAAGAAAGAGAGACACGCUUUUUCGGGUGCCACCCAUCAAACAGUCUGGUGGUGGUGGCGGCCAUUCAUCUCCCGAGGAACGGGGCGCCGCGCAAAAAGUGCCAUUAUAAGUGAUGGCACGCUCCGCCUCCAUCUUUCCAUUCCACUGGUUUCUCGGGUUUCCACACCUUAGUCGUGUUUUUUACUAUAGUUCGUGAGUAUUUUGCAGAAGUUGCUCCUAGCAUAAUCCCUGAAAGCCAAAAUAUUGAACCCAGUAACGUUAACUUUUCGGUAGACAAAAAACCUUUAAUGACCCUCCGGUGAUCUUUUUUUGCAGGUAAACACAAAGUGUGCCAUCAUCUCUUUUCUUUUCUCUAUUGGGACCCCGCCCCUGUCCGCCUUCAGUUAGUCAGUUAUCAUCUUUCUCUCUCAUUCUCUGUUUCCCACUAGUUACUCUUUUACACCCAUUUCUUCAUCUUUCCCCUACUUAUUCCCGUUUCCAACCAACCUACCUUCAAUCUAUUUCUUCUGUUCUUUUUCUCUUCUUCAUCUUUAGUAAUACCGUGCCGUCCGUCACAGCCGUCCGAUCAUCAUCAUCGUCAUUAUUCAGAAGAAAAGACGAAAAGAAGGCCGAAGACUUGUGUAUAUCCGAUCGGAAGCCGUGCCCACCACCACCACCACUACCAAUUAUUUUAUACUUUUGGUGCGCCGGCGGUAUUUUGACGGCUUUUCCUCAUUCGAAUUGAUCAUUUUUCUACUCUACCAUUUCCUGUCUAGAAAACCAUGUCUGGCAGCAAAAUUUCAAAUUUGAACGGAGUCUGCAUCAUCUCUAUCAAAGAUGAGCCUGAAGAGGUCAUCAAAACGCCGGGCUCUCCGUCGAUGGCUUCUCCCAUCAAAGGGAUAUUCAGACGGCAGAGCAGGCCAAUGAGAAAGUCGGCCAAAGCGCUCUUCCAGCAAUUUGGAGUGCACAAACCUCAUAUUUUGAAUCGGUAAGUUGGAAUUUGUCAAAUUAUCUGUUAUCCAUCCUUUGCUUUCGAUUUCUGCUCUUGUGCACGUCCUACGAGUUUUCCCCGCAUAGUUUGGCGAACCAAGUGGUCAGGUGUUCUCUAUUGUCUGUGAUUCUAACUCUUAUACACUCUUCCCUUGAUUUUCUUUCCAAUUUCUCUCGUGAACAAAUAGAUUUAGUACUGAUCCAGCGAGUAACCUUUGGCAAACACAGUUUUGUCAAAAACGAGAUGAAUCAUAGGGUCAACUGUUCGCCGACGUGUCAACUGUUUAUCAGUGGGUGUUAACUGGUUCCCGCGACUGAGAGAUCACGUCAUUUUGCUCCUGGAAAAAAGAGCGCAGUAGGAGCAGACUGAACUUGUGUUUGGACAAAUAAAGGGAACGAUUGGAGAACUUUGCUGUGUGUAGUCAAACUGUUCUUCUGGCUUCUUCUCGUUGACCUUACAAGAUUUAUCAUCAUCAUUUCAAACCCAUAAAAGUCAACUUUCUCGAAAGACAGAAACGGAAACAGUCCAUUAGGCCCCCUAAAAAAGGACUGUAAUAUUCCGUGGUUCUCUCCGCGUUUUUCUUUUCUUCCUUUCUCUUUUUCUUCGCUUUUCACUUCUGAAUCACUCUUAAUGAUGACCUAACCGAGAAGAUGAAGCCAGUCACGAAAAGGAGAACAGGAAUGUUGUCGUCCUCCGCCAAAUGACGAGAUUCUGAAGAUGCCGAGCGGAAAAGGGAAGAUGGAGUUAUCAAAGGUCUUAUGCGAUUAUAUUCGUCCUCUCUUCCUAGAUCAUAACUUUUAUGACGUGGAAGAAAACGAAUAAAAUCCAACAAGAGCUCGUAAAAUGGGAGAAGAAUUGUGUGUGAAUCGUCGAGCUUUUCCCCCUAUUUUAGUCGAAUUUAGCACCAAUGUUCAAGCUGAAAGUGGAAAAAAGAGAAUCCGCCAAAAAUAGCGCGCAAAAUAUGAGAUUAGUCGACUUCCCACACACUAAUUGCUCAAUUAGAGCACACAUUCCAAUCGGAUUAUCCAUCCUCCGCUUCCCCCUUCUGCCGUUGUGAUUCAUGCUCAUUUCUGACCACCACUCGCACGGACUCUUUGCACUGAUUGCCUCAACAAUAGCUCCGCGAGAGCUUUGCACAGCAACUUGUGCUCAUCCUUUUUCUCGAAUUUCAUUUCUUCGUCGUUUCCUUCUCGGCAUUCAUUUUUCAUUCAUUCCGAUUUUCGGUUUGUUCUCCGCCCUCUCUUUCUUUGACUGAUGCCGGCUGCUAAUCCGGUCUUUAACCUUGCCCAUUUCUCGUCCCAUCUUUCCUAAUCACCCAGUACUAAUUCCCCUCGUUUUUACUCCUUGCCCUACGUUUCUAGUAGUAGAAUGAAUGGCUUCGAGUAUUAGGAAGGAGAAGGAGAAGGGAGAAUGUCUGAAGGGUAAUAUGAUAUACCAUCCGCGUCAAAAUACCCUGAAAACAGGAAAUAUGACCGAAUUGGAAAGGCACAGGAAUUUAGAAAGAAACCGAUCUCUAAGUGGUGACUCAUGGCGACAGGUGUGGACACAGUUCGACAAUGCCAAUUUGAAAACCAAUUUGGAGAGAAGAAAAACCACUGGGUACGGUAGCACUCAAUGUUUUUCAAUUUUCGUCCUAGAUGACAACAAUGCUCUCUUAAGGUUCAUCACAAAAAAAGAGGCGAAAGAAGAUCAGUGUCACGCAAGGCUGAUUCGAAUUUCCUGUGAAAGCACACACGACACCACCACCCGAAAUUUUCUUCAUUAACACACAACACCGCACAAAUUUGUGCAUGUGUGCUCAAAAAGCAGAGUACCACCUCUUCUGCUUGCUCCUCCCCCUCCUCAUCUGAAUACUACACUGACCAACCGCAAUUUCGGGUCGAAAUGAGGGACUCAGGAGGGGACGGAAUAGAGUGUGAAGUGGUCGGCGCGACGACAAAUUGAUGGAUUUCCGCCCGACGCCGCUCUCUUGCACACAAGGCGACAGAAGCCAAAUGAAUGACAUUUCCCCGUGUGAACCUUCGCGGAUUUAUUGGAUUCUAGAGUCAGAAUGCUUAAGUUCCCAUUUUAUUAGGAUUUUCCAGGCAAAUUUUUGGUCAGAACGGAAUUAGAGAGCAAUACGGUAGACGAUACUUGGAAUUUCCUUUUUGGCAAUAUCAGUUCCAAAUCUCAUGAGAACAGCGCUCUCAAGUUGUAUAGUUUAAUAGAACCAAAUUACAUUUUCCGAAUACUUAGCGUUGAUGUUCUUAAAACUAUUAUUUUUAUUCAGCCGAGCUUACCUAAUUUCCAUAACAAUAGGUUAUGUCCUCCUCGUGCUCAUCUCCUCCCCCACAACAGACAGCAUCGUGGCGAGCAUGUCAUUUAGUGUUUCGCUUUCGAUCGUUCAAACCCGCCCGUACUUUUUUUCGCUGCUCCAUUUCCUGCCGCAUUCGCUCGUUCUUCAUCAUAUUCUCUCCCGCAUCCAUCCUUUCGUUGGCCGCCCAUUUUCUCUUUCCGCUCAUUUCGAUAGUAAUAAAUGAGGCAAAUCCCGGAAGACCUCGAGACGCAGAGUUGAAAACAGAUUGAAUCGUAAAGUAUCGCCUCCGGGAGCUUCAUCAUCGGUUCAAAAGUACGCGCCGGGAGAUACGGGAAGAGAUGGAGGAACAAAAGUGUUUUGUGUGUGUGUAUGCAUGUGCGUGAAAAUGUGUGCUCACCACAUUUUGAUAAGUGUGCGACAGAGGCUUCUCCCCUCCUUCUGGCGCCCUCCGACACCGUUUGAUGAUCAGAUGUUGGCGGGGGAGUUUGUGCUCCCGUUGAAUGAUCAACUCACAAUCUUCACCCAACACAUUUUGAUCUUUUCCGAAAAAGUUAGAUCUUGCGAUGAAUUUUGAAGGAAUUUUCUAGGUUCAAGAAAGUCUAGACCGAAACUGCUCGAGCUUUGUAAACUUUCAAAAACUUCUGAAUGUCAAGUCGGGAAACCGAAUUUUCCCAACCUUUUCCCACCCGAAAUUCUCGAGAUUUUCUUAAUUUCAGGUUUGUUCUAUUUAAAUUUUAGUUUCAGAAAAUCCCUCUCACCUGUAGAAUCAAAAGAAUUCUUUCCGAAUCACGUCUUCCGUUGUUCAGCCUCUACCCAAUUAGUUGCCUCAUUUCCGCAAGUCUACCCAUCCGUGCUGAUCUGAUCCAAUCCGUUUCAAGUAUAACUAAUCUUGCACUACGGUACACUUAUUAUUCCUCUGCAAAACAAAAACUUUCCCUCCUUAUCUCGUUCGUCCACCAACUUAUACAGAUCAGGUGACUAAUUAGUAAAGGGAAAACAGAAGAAUCCCUUCGGAAUUGUUUUAGGCCUGACUGAAUAAUUUAGUCUAACUUUUGAAUUUCCGGCCACAAUCGUAUUUCCGGAACAGAUUGAAAUCAAUAGGAAUCGUUGUGUCCUUCCGCCCCAUUUAUUUGUCCAAGUUCCAAAUUUACAAAUAAAUCGUUGCUGAACAGAGGAUUGCACCCCUCAUUUAUCUCCCAAAUAUACACACACACACACAAUAGCCAAUUCGACUUUAUUCAUAUUUUUAAAUUCUACUUUUUUGCAGACGAAACUCACUGAACGCCGACGGAUACUACCGAGAGUUGGAGAAAAUGCACGAGACGGCGGGCGGUGUGUUCACCACAGGAGUAUCGUACAAUGCACAAAAGGUAUCAAUUUGAAACCUAUUGUAAAGAUAAAGGUUUCACCUUUUAGAGCGAGGAUUUCCUGAGUCUAAUCGAGAAAAUGCAAGGCAAUCGACUCGACGACCAGAGAUGCGAAAUGCCAGAAAGGGUUCGCUACUUUUGUUCGUUCUAA